UAGCAGCUGACUUGCAGUGUCACUCGUGUCCGUCCAGUUUCGGGGGCUGGGAAGGACUCGUCUGGCGCAUUCGGAGCUGUAAAUAAAACAUUAACACAUAAAGUGCUCUCCGGGUCUGGUGUUGAUGGUUUAUGUCUGUCCUUGGAGUGAAACAUUUCCCCUGCAACUGCGGCAGCUUUAAACCCUGCAACCCCGCCCCUCAGCACUAUCACAUGAAUCUGGGCUCAACGCUGGAUGUGAAAAAAAAGUUUGGAGGAAUACAGAGAGAGAGAGAGAGGGAGGGAGAGAGAGAGAGAGAGAGAGAGAGACAGAGAGGGGAAAACGGUCUGGCUGCUUGAAGCUUUGUUUCGACUACAAACUUUUGGCGACAUGGACGCGCACCGCGGCGCGCCUCCGGCCGGGCAGCAGGUCGUGCACGUCCGCGGGGACUCGCAGACGGAGCUGGAGGCCCUCUUCAGUGCGGUGAUGAACCCCAGCAAGGCGACCAGACAGCCGGCCUCUCUGCCCAUGAGGAUGAGGAAACUGCCGGACUCCUUCUUCAGGCAGCCGGACCCCCGGGGCCACUCCAGACAAGCCAGUUCGGAUGGAGGCGUGUGUGGCUCCCUCACACCUCAUCACGUCCGCGCCCAUUCCUCCCCUGCCUCCCUCCCAGUCAACUCCCUCUCUACUCAAGCGGCAGAUGUAGCAGCGACAACUAUCAUACCUGACGACGUGCCACUCCCCCACGGUUGGGAAAUGGCCAAAACGCCUACUGGCCAACGAUACUUCCUCAAUCACCUGGAUAAGACAACCACUUGGCACGACCCUCGUCUCUCGCAGCUUCAGUCGGCUGCAGCUCAGCAUCCUAUCUCUGGCCCUCCGGUCCAUGCCCAUUCCCUCAGCAACCCAGCACCCACUACGCAACCACAAAACAUCAAUCCUGAGACAGGUCCACUGCCUGAAGGCUGGGAGCAGGCUGUGACUGCAGAUGGAGAGGUGUACUACAUCGAUCACAUAAAUAAGACCACCACAUGGGUCGACCCGCGUCUAGCACAGAAGAUGAACCCUGGCAUCCUUGGCUUGGCAAUGCAGCAAAGGCAGGAAAAGGAAAGGCUCAGAUGUAAACAAGGCCUCCCUCAGCAAAUCACACCACAGGAAGCAGGAGGAAGAAACCAGAUGACCGGUGGGAUGGACCAUGACAGGAACGCACCGACGCUUGUCCCGUCUCUGGAUGUCAGGAUCAGAGCCUCAAACCACGAGCCUACACUUAAUGGCGCUCACUCGCGCAACGAGAGCACUGACAGUGGUCUGAGUGUCAGCAGCUUACCCCGCACAUCGGACCACAUGUUGAGCUCUGUGGAUCACAUGGACACUGGUGACUCUGGUGAGACCUCCUCGAUGACCUUACAGGAGUCGAUGCCUGUGCUCCCCAUGUCUGAGGGCGAGGAGCUAAUGCCCUGCAUCCCCGAGGGUCUCAGUUCAGACCUUCUGAUGGACAUGGAGACCGUUCUGUCUGGGUCGCAUAUGGACAGGGACAGCCUGCUCACCUGGCUAUAGACACACCCGGCCUCUGCCCCUAAAUAUGGUUUGACGUCAGAUCUUCACAACAUGACUGAGAAUUUUGGAGGAUUUUUUUGUGCUUCAAAAGUGGUACAGAGCAACAUAAGUGAGAGAAUUCGCUACUGUUGUGUGAAGGAUACCUAACACUACUCACACCCUGAGGAAUAUAAAAACCUGACUCUCACAGAAGGUGGUAAGCUGCUGGCAUUCUCCUCUUUUUGGGCUUGGUUUUACAGAUAUGCACGACGGAGCAUCUAUAUUUUGAUGAUGCUCAUCGCUUCUCUGGUAAAGUACAUCGGAGCUAAUUUUAGGGUGCAGAUUUUUUUUUUUUUUUUAAAUCAUCCCCACUUGGGUAAUACCGUUUGCAGCAAAUCUUUAAAACACAGAGGCAAGUCAAGUUCCAGAAGCACAAAGAAGACAUGCUAAAAUAACACAGAAGCAGCACAAUACAUAUUUAACUGUAACACAAAACAUAUCCACAUUUAUCUCUGUUACUUCAUUUAGCCUGUGGGACAAAAGAACAACAUCUACAGUACAGCUUUUACCUCUAGGCUUGCAAUUUUUGUUAUUUUAAUGCACAUGCUCACAGUUUUCCAAAACAUGCUCUUAAGAAGCAUCAGGACUGAAAGCAAGAGAUGAAUCAAAGAAUGUAUCUUGAUUAACACUAAAUUGGUUCCAUAAAAGCAAAAAACCCUGCUCAAAAAGCGCUCUACGGCGACACAGAAACAUCAGGGGGAAGAGGACGCACGCUUGUGGUGAGCCAGCAGAAGGUUAAGAAAACUCCCAUUUACUCUCAGACUUUAGAAAUGGUCAGUUAAAAUGCCCACGAGCCAGAAAAAACAGAAUUAAAACCCUCGUCACAGUCACUUGUAAGUCUGAGUUGCUCACAAGAAUUUUUUUUUCAAAAUGAAGUUCAGGAGUACAGGAGCCACAGUAGAAACCUCAUUCCUAAAAAAAAAAAUCAAAGCCUUGUCAGAAAAACCUAGAGAAAUAAAGGCUACAGGUUAGUGCCGCUGUGUAGAGGAGUCUUAACUCGACACUAAAGUUAACAUUAAAGCGGGUUUCUAGGGCCUCUCAAUACAGAAAGGAUCACUGGAACCUAAGUAGGACGUCUACGGUAAAUGAACACAUGGUCAGUAUAAUGCAAUCCAACACAAUACAAGAUUUCCCCCCCGGAAAGUAUGGUCCUGACGCAUCUGGUCUUGUGAUCAAUUUAGUAAGCAGAUGAUGGCGUAAGCAGUAGUCCCACUCAUAAGAUACAGUAUGUGACCUCUGGUGUGUGAAAUAUCACCUCCGUUCUUUUUACCUUGAGUUUACAGUUUUACUGGGUUCGUUUUUUUUAGAACAGUAACCCACAUCAGGAAAUCCUGCAACAGCCUAGCUAUAAAAUCAACAAUUUUGAAGUUACUACUAUUCAGGGUUUGUUAAUGCUGUGUUUUAGUUUUUGAUUUUGUAUUGGAUUGCAUUUUAUUGUAAAGUGUUCCAAUCAUUUUGUCCACUCUAGCAUUGAAUAUAAGAUUUGCAGAGUAGUAUUUAUUGGAGAUCUGUUUUAUUGGAUUACAAUAUAUUGUACAGUUGUAAUACUAUUAUUUCCACCCCUUGUUUAAGAAAUGAUGCCAUAUAAUUUCCAUCAGGGCCUGGAUGUUUUUCCUACACUGGCCUUAUGUUUCAGUAAGAGAACAAUAUUCAUUGAGUCAGCCAGCACCCCUUCAACUUUGAGAUUAGGCUGUUUUAUUCCCUCUUCUCAGUUUUUCCACUACUGGUUUGAUACAUUCCUAAUAUAUAUUUUUUUUUUCACAUUUAAAAAGAAAUCUUUCAUUCAUUGGCAUCAUAUUUUUUUUUCUCCCACAGAAAAACAUCAGUAACACCAGUAACAGUUUCAGCCACAUUUUUUCAGUUUUAGAUCCUUACCUAAAACCAAACUAUAACUUACAAAUCUUCUACACGUGAUACCUUUGCUGACCAUUUUUGGAUGCAUGCAGUACAGAUUCAGAUUUUCAGGUGCAUUUUUCUUACCAGUACAGGCAUCCCUUGUUUUUCCAUAAUUUCCUAAAUUAAUUACCAGACUCUUGAAUAUUGCUUGAGUAAUGUAAUCACCUACUGUGAUCAUCAAGUCUGCAUUAUUCUUUCAGUCAUGCACUAUCGUGGUGUGGUAAUGCAAUUUAAAUGCAGAUUGAUUUGCAGCAUCUGCACUGCAUUACCAAUCAGUGAUAUAAUGUAAGACUGAGAGAAAACAGUGCACUUUUGAUGCUCACUGUGAUGAAUUCUUUCUUACUUUGAGAACGCACACAAAGCGAGGUGCAGACAUAUAGUCACCAUAGAUACCAUGUAUACAAAAACCCUAUUAUCGUCAUCCUCUUCUUUAAAAAAAAAAAAUCUGUCCUUGGCUCAAGUUUUCACUCUUACAGAGCUGUUUCGAAAGUGGGAAUGAGGAAAAUACUGUGCCUUAAAAAUGGGCCUCAGAGCCAUUUGGAGAGUCAGAGCAUAAGUCGAGGACCCUGUUGUGCCUCCUCAGAAAAGCAACAUAUUAAUUUUGGAUGCUGUGUUCUUGGUAUAUGUUGUUCUAACUACAAGUGCUAUCUGGAGCUGUGAUACUGGAGGCGGUCGUCAAUAUGGGGAGCUCCGUAAUUCUCCUCCUUUAGUUAAACUAUAUAAUAAGUAUAUAAUCUGUUUUUAUCUGCUGGGUUUUUUCUGCAGUGUGUUUAUAUUUUAUCUGAAUUUGAAGCUGUUUUAUUAUUGGUGAGAGCAUUUCUUCUAACCAGUUUCCUUUUUAUAUAUACAGCACAUAGAGGUAAAGACUUCAUUCACAACAUCCCCAAAUAAAGAGCCAAGUCACCUUUUUAUAAUCCUUUCUAAAUUAAAGUACCAUGAGCUCAUACACAUAAUGCAACACACUACCUAGCCUAUUAUUUAUCUUAGCAUGCAUGACACUCGCUAUGUAUAUUAAAUAUAAUGAUGUUUAUUAUCCUAUUUACAGAGAGUUUGGAGGCAGUCAGACUUGUUUUGUACCUUUUUAUGCAUGUGCUUUAUAUAAAUAUAUUUCUUCUUACUCUCACUGUAAUCAUUUUAGAGGAGUUUCUGUUUAAUAAACUUAAAUACACCUGACAAAUCUUCUACUGAUAUGUUUAGUGUGGUUGUAAAACUACACCUUCACAUCCUUAUUGGACGACUGGUUUCAAUUUUUUGUAUUUCUAGUAAGACAACAGGUUAAUUUAACUUCAUUGGCGUCAGUUGGGUAGGGAAAAGGGAGCAGUGCUUAGCCCUUCAUAGCUGAGCUGAGUUUAGUUUUGUGUUGCGCUUUAAUAGCUCGCUGCUGUAUGUAACCUUCCAUACUGAAAAUGUGUGAAAUCCAAACAUAAACCCCAGCACAAUGUCAUCAAAAUAUUUUAAAAACGCUAUUAUGAAGAAAAGAAAUUCUUUGGAUAUUCCAAUACUUCUAAUAAUGAUCAAUUCUAUUGUAGGCAAUAAUGUUCACAACAACCCCUUUGAUCAAUCAGUCAAUCACUCAGCAAAGAACCGUUUUACUCAUGUGUUGGUACUUUAGAGGAUUCUUAAGACUAAUUAUUAAAAGUUUGAUCAAU